AUGGCUCAAGGAGACGAAUACCUAAACAGUUUCCGUUCUCUUGCCAGCUUGUAUCAAGAAAGAGUCACGGUAGAGGAUGUCGAAAGAGACAUGACAACGACCUUAGAAGAAAUCCGCAAUCACGUCAAAAUGGGCAAGGCGUUGGAUGCCCAAUGGGCCCAUCAUGUACUGACAACGGCCGGUUCAACAUUUACCGGAGGAGAGCUCUCCGUUGCGGCUUCACGUCUUUGGAAAACGGCAACAUAUGCUAAGGAGCGACUCCAUAGUUUCACUCAGCGAUACAUGCUAGUCGAUGCGAUCUACAGAAUGAAGGUCGAUGAAGACGAACUGACCCGUGCCGAAAAAAUGGUACAGGACGAGAAAGUUCAGAACAAGGAGACUUUCGUGUCAGUCUUCAACAAGACAAUAGAGAAGCUGGAAAAGAAGAUCGACGAUAUCGCCUCGAAUCUAGGCAAGAAAGUGGAUCAUUCUCCACCGGUGAAAAGAAAGUGCUAUCCAGAAGCUGAAGACCAACCCACAACCAGCAAGAUGCAGGUAAUCUCCGACGAGGAAUAUAUGAGGAACCUAAUCGAAGAAUGUAGAGAUGACGAUGAGGCGUCGCCCGAGGUUGCUGAACGCAAUACUGAGAGAGUAGAGCAAGAUAAAAGAAGACGCAAGCACAUUCAAUAUGAAGAGGAUCGACUUCGAGAAGAACAGCGUCGCCGAGAGGAAGAAGAUCGUCGUUUGGCGGAAAAAGCACGACGUCAGCGAGAACAAGAACGACAGCAAUAUAUUCGAGAUCUCGAGAGGGAACUUGACGACCUCUACAAGGGUCGCUUUCUGCUUCCCCGAAGAAAGAUCGGUGAGAUACCGGAUGGACCAGUGCGCGUGGAGUGUUCCUUCUGUGGAGUAUAUGGAGAACAUUUUUCGGACUCUUGCGCACUGAUAACAGAUGGAUACGAACGCUACAACUACAUUGAUCAAGGAGGGAAUUGUAAAUUGUGCCUCAGGAAAGGACACCCGACCGAGCUGUGUAGGGUAGAGGACAAAGGAUGCAGGUAUUGCGACCUAGUGCGGAACACAACUCUAUCAUUUCUUAUCAGCCCAAAGGUUCACCACAGAGCCAUCUGUACCAUAACUGAUGCCCGGGAUCGCAUAACAGCAAGGAUCAAGAUGGUGAAAGAUCAGAUCCACCAACUAAAUACCAAUAACUCGCCGCCCGGAGUGUAG